CGAUUUUGAAAACAAACGGAGCAUUAAAUUUAAAAAAAGAAGAGUUUUUUUUUAAGGUUUCAACUUUAAUAAGUCUUUCUCCUCUCCGAUUCCUACCGCUCCCCACACUGUGAAUCUCGUUGCCCAGACAGUCUCGUUCGGCCUCAGUCUCGUUCUGCCUCCGUCCCCUAGCCCAGACCGCCGUCACCCCUGAGGUGAAAGUUUCACCAUCACGGCUUCAUCCCCCCAGCCAAGGCUGUCCCUCUCUCCUGCUUGAUGAACCUCACCUGACCGACCUCUAGCUUGGAUCUGUCCUGAUUUCCACUUUCUUGAUUGGCAAUUCCGUAAUUGUUCAGAUUCCCAUCGACCUCUGUCUCAUCACCUUCGCCUCCGCCUGUCUGAUGCGCCUCCAAGGGUUUCACACGGUGGCGAUGGUCGUCUUCCUCUGUGCAGACUAUGGCAGCAAGGGACCAGGUCGUAAUAAAAGGGUUACCAGCAGACCUACCGCCUUCAAAGACUUGGCGUGAUCAUGGUAUACUUAGCAGAGUUAGGGACCAAAAAGACUCGGUUAUUUGUUGGGCUUGCGCCACGGUUGGGUUGCUGGAAGCGGAGUAUCGACGAAAAUAUCCCAAUACAGAUAUUGUUUUAUCCGUACAAGAGUUGGUUAACUGUACCAUCUCCAAGGAGGAAGUUGCUCGGAAGCUUGCUGCGAAACCGAGACAAAUUACGGUCGACCAAUAUGAUUGUUAUACUUGUGGACACAGCAAAUCUCUAAAGUUCGUAAAGAACAAUGGUCUUGUGUUAGAGCAGGAAUGCAGGUGGAGGGGAAAACGCAAGAAUUUUAGACCUAAGAAGGAGAGAUGGAAUGGUGUCAAAAUCAUUGAUUAUAAGCGGGUUGACGAUAAAAUGAGUGAGGAAGAGAAUGAGGAGGCCUUGCUCAAGGCGCUCCAAGAUGGUCCAGUGAUAGCAGGAGUUGCGUACGAUCCAAUCAUGGAUGAAGAACUCAGAACGGGCAUUUGGGAUGGCACGGAGAUAUAUGUAGAUCCUGAGCACGGUCCCAGCUACCAUUCCAUCGUUCUUGUAGGAUAUGGUACAGAUCUAGAAGGAAAGAACUACUUUGAGUUCCAGAACUCACGGGGCAAGCGAUUUGGGGACAGUGGUUUCGGGAAAGUUCUACGCUACUCAAGCGUGGAAACACCUCUGGGGUUUCCACUAGUAAAAUGGGCAUAUCGCCCACCCGAUAUCAUUCGAGUUCACGAGGGGGAGCCAGACCUCUGAGUCUGAAAUGCUGAGACUUCGAGACUAGAGCAACAUUGAAUCAUGAUUAGUUGCACUAAUUAAUCCAAUGUAGUAGCUUAAACAUCUCUGACGUGUAGUUUAUUUUUGAAUUUAGACUUAGAAUCUUUCGUCGAGUUUUGUUGUAAUCACAAUAUAUUUCAUAAUUUAAUAAAUUUGUAUGCUAA